AUGAAAUUCGUUUUUGUAUUUGUAGUUUUCCAGAAGCUUCGAAAAAACAACGAAUUCCAAUGGCCUUCACUGGCUCCUUUAGUAAAAGAAACCCACGGAGCUGACGACACUGGAAUAUUCGCGCAAGGACCAUGGGCGCACUUGUUUACUGGAGUAAUGGAAGAAAACGCCAUAGCUCAUCUUAUGGCAUUGGCAUCGUGUACUAGUAAAGAAUUUCAAUGUGAUAUUUAUAAAAAAGAGUCAUAAAAAU